GUAAGGUGGUACACAGUUACUUUUAGUAGUAUUUUAAAUAUGGGUUAAAUGUUGUACACAGUUAUAGUUCAGGGACCGGAGAUAAAAUUUACCCCAUCAAAAGUUCAAAACCAGAAAUUCCCACCUGAUUUGAAGUCCAAGUGAUACAGCCAUGGAAACUAGUCUCGGGAGCUUGCUGAAAAUUCUACCUCCAGUAGACUUUUGUUGUGUAUAUGGUUCAAGUCUUCAUCCUAAUAACAAUGACAAGUCAUCCAUGGAAGAUUAUAUUCUUGGUGUAUCAAAUCCUCAACAAUGGCAUUCUGAGAAUCUGCAAAUGAACCGGGAUCACUAUGCCUCAUGGAUGGUGUCUCUUGGUGGAGCAAAACUGAUCACUAAUGUAGCGGAUCAUAUUGGUGUUGGUGUACAUUUUAACCCAUUUGUUUCAUGGAAUGACAAGAUGUAUAAGUAUGGGGUUGUUCAAACGGAUGAUUUAGUUCAAGAUAUGCUGAAUUGGGAGAGAUUUUACCUUAGUGGUCGCUUGCAAAAACCUGUGCAUGUUGUUGUGGACAAUAAGGAAAUCGAAAAUGUCAACUUAGUUAAUUUGAGGGCUGCCUCCUCUGCAGCACUUCUGCUUUUGCCAUCAAAAUUUACUGAGAGGGAACUUUAUGCAAAAAUAUGUAGCCUCUCUUAUAUGGGUGACUUGCGCAUGCUUUUUGCAGAGGAUAAAAAUAAGGUUAAAAAGAUAGUAGAAGGCCAAUUUGAUUUGUUCAGAAGCAUGUAUAAUCCAUUGGUUGAAGAGUAUGCAACUAAGCAACUCUUGAGACUCUCCUCAUGCGGUGAUCAUCAAAUGACCAUUUCCCAGGAUUGUAGCUUAUCUGCAACAUCCUCAGUUGUUUCUUCCCUUCCUGAAUUUGUCAGAAUCCAAAUGGGAAUGGGGCUAGCCGAGAGAAAUACAGAUCAAAAUAGCAAUAAAAUCACUAUCGGAUCACGUGGAGAAGCUGCAUCCCGCAUGCAAAAAGUUUUGAGGCGCAAAGUAAUGAUUUCAAGUGCACGACAAGCAGUAGCUGGUUUCAUUACUGUCGGAGCCGUUCACGGAAUUAAAUACCUUGGCAAAAAGAUGCAAAAGGCUUGGAAAUCAUCAACAUAG